CCGGGGAGGGGAGGGAGUCCCCCAAACCCUGCGACUCUGCAGAUUCCUCUCGGAGGCAUGGGGCGCCUCUCAGUCGUGAGAAGCCUCCUAAAAUGAUCAUCUACUGGCGGAGGCCGCGCCUGUCCCUGUUUUGCUGAGGCUCAUGGGAAAUGUAGUCCGAAGGGAGGGGGGUGGUGCUGCCUUCGGAGCAGACGUGUGAUUGGCCAGGGCGGCGUCGCCAGGGCAACGCGCGAGGGGCUGACCGCUGGGUCCGGGGAGAGGCGCGCGGGACCGCGUGGGCCCACUUACCCGAAGUGGCCUCGGGUGGCCGAGGUCCCCUUUGGUGGCUCCAAGAAGACUCCCGGCACAACAAUGCCAUCCCCACUGGGCCCCCCGAGUCUGCCCUCUGUGGACCCCGAGGCCACCCAGGAGGAUCCUGAGGCAGCACGCCAGCGCUUCCGGGGCUUCUGCUACCAGGAGGUGGCCGGUCCCCGCGAGGCCUUGGCCCAGCUCCGGGAGCUCUGCCGCCAGUGGCUGCGGCCCGAGGUGCACUCCAAGGAGCAGAUGCUGGAGCUGCUGGUGCUGGAGCAGUUCCUGGGCGCGCUGCCCCCUGAGAUCCAGGCCUGGGUGCGGGGACAGCAACCAGGCAGCCCUGAGGAGGCCACUGUCCUGGUCGAGGGCCUGCAGCAUGACCCUGGGCAGCUUCUGGGCUGGAUUACAGCACAUGUCCUGAAGCAAGCGGUGCUCCCAGCCGCACAGAACACAGAGGAGUCUGUGGGGAGCUCCCACCCUUCAGGGACAGUGGAGCCCCGAAAGGCAGCCUCUUGGGAGGGGUCCAAGGAUGCCCAGUUGGAGGAGAAUGCCCAGCUCAGCUGCAGCGUGAAGGAGGAGCCUGAUGGCUACGGGCAGGAGACAGCACCGUCCAGCCCCCCACAUCCAGCCCGGUCCCAUGAGGGGCCCGCUGAACAACAGGAACCGACCUCCGUGCCCUUUCAGCCACCCAGGAUUCAGGAGGAGUGGGGGCUCCUGGACCGGUCACAGAAGGAGGUGUACUGGGACGCGAUGCUGCAGAAGUACGGCACGGUGGUCUCCCUGGCAGGGUUGCAGUGUCCCCUGCCGGAGGCGCGCACUGAGCCGGAGCCGGAGGCGCUGAGCACCGGAUCCGAGGGAGCGAGAAGCCUCCUCCCGGGAGGAGAGAGCGAGAGCUCCCGAGAGGGCCGGCCCGGCUGCCCGGAGGCCCCGCCGCCCGCGCGGAGCAAGCCCUACACGUGCGCGCAGUGCGGCCGCACCUUCGACUGGAAGUCGGUGUUCGUCAUCCACCGCCGCGCGCACGCGGGCGGCCCGGGCGCCGAGAAGCAGCCGGUGGGGCCGCCCCGGCGCGCGCUCCCGGGCCCGCGCAGCUACGCCUGCGAGGAGUGCGGCCGCAGCUUCAGCUGGAAGUCGCAGCUGGUCAUCCACCGCAAGGGCCACGCCGGCCAGCGGCGCCACUUCUGCGGCGACUGCGGCCACAGCUUCGACUGGAAGUCCCAGCUGGUCAUCCACCGCAAGAGCCACCGGCCCGAGGCCCCGUGAGCGCAGGAGGGGCGCCUCGCCGGGGCCCCGGGCCCAGCCCGCCCCUGCUACUCCACUCCGCCGCAGCCUGGAGAGCUGGAGGCCGCCCAGGCCAGAAGUCAGAGUCCCAGGAGGGUCCCCCACCCCCGAUCAGUCUC